AUGUCUUUGGAAGGUAAAACAUCACAAGUCGCUAUUGUCUGUCAUGACGGCAAUGACCUAAGGACGGAACAAAGAGAAAUCCCUCAACCUAAAGAUGGAGAAGUUCAAAUUCAAGUAGCUGUCACCGGUCUCUGUGGAUCCGAUCUCCACUACUACCUCCACGGUGCCAACGGUAUAUUCAAAAUCCGUGAACCCCUCGUCCUAGGACAUGAAGCUGGAGGUAUCAUCUCAGCUGUCGGACCAAAUGUCAAUCCAGAUUUCGGAUUGAAAGUAGGAGACAAAGUAGCUAUGGAAGUUGGAGUAUCAUGUAAAUCAUGUAAGAACUGUAGGAAAGGAAGAUACAAUUUAUGUAAGAAUAUGAGGUUCGCCAGUUCGGCGAAGACUUUCCCUCAUUUGGAUGGAACUUUGAGGGAGGUCAUGACUUGGCCAGCGGAAUUGGUUUACAAACUCCCACCAACACUCGACCUCGCUCUCGCAGCUCUCGCCGAACCACUCUCAGUAGUCCUCCACGCCUACCGUCGAGCAAACCUCCAACCAGGUGCCAAAGUCCUCGUUAUCGGUACAGGUGCAGUCGGUCUCUUGGCAUGCGCAUUAGCAAGAGCAUCAGGAUCAACGACAGUAGUAGCAGUGGAUAUCGAACAAGGCAAAUUGGAUUUCGCCAAACAGCAAAAUUGGACAACUGGUACUUUCUGUUUACCCCGUGGACCUAGAGUAUCGGGAUUGGAAGCUUUGGAAGCUGCUGAGAAAUCUUGGAAAGCCCUCAAGGAAUCUGACGCUGUCCAAUCGGUCGAAGGUCUUGAAGAUGGUUUUGAUGCUGUCUUUGAAUGUACCGGUGUUGAAAGUUGUAUGCAGAUGGCUCCUAUGGCCGCAGCGAUCGGUACCAAAGUCCUCUAUGUCGGUAUGGGCACCAAAGUGCUUUCCCUCCCCUGUGGACCCUCUUUACUCUCCGAAGUAGAUCUGAUCGGAGUGUUCAGAUACGCAAACACCUACCCUGACGCUUUGGCUUUAUUGGCAUCUGGUAAAUUAGGUGAUGUAGGAGCUAUGGCAUCGCACUACUACCCAUUGGAAAAUGCCAAGGACGCAUUCGAGGACUUGAAGAGGGGUAGGGAUGCCAAUGGGAAGACGGUCAUUAAACCUAUGGUAGGUAAUUUGAAAUUGGUUGGAAAGUAG